AUGACCAGCGUGCCCAUGCGCAAACUACCAACGCCUACUGCUUCCUCUACUUCUGCUCUCCGACGGGCUCUGCAGCCGCAGUCAUGGAGGCUACCUCUCCAUGCAAGCAUAGCUGCUGCUAGCUCUCCAGUCCGCAGCCUUGCUCAUGUCCGGCCUGAGCCGAUGCACGAGCUAUGGUUCACUUCAAAGAGCCCGCGAGGAGCCCCCAAUACCACCGAACCUGGCUCCUUCGUGCCUGAAUCCAGCCCGUCUGGACCAGAUCACGGCGCCCAUAAACCGCCGUCUGAACGGACGCUCGCACUUGGCCGUACUUUACGGACACUCUCGCCUCUACUGCCGGACAUUCUGACGACGGCUUUACCACCCUCGAUCGUGUCUCCGUCAGUCACACUUCAUCUCUUCCCCUCCACCCAUCCGCAUCUCCCAGUCGUGAAGGGCAAAGUCGCCUACCGAGCUGCCCUCUUCACUGCUCCGGUAGCAUGGGGCGCUGUGCCGCUCAUGGGCAGUGCCAAGCUCAGCAUUGUCAGCGAGAAGAUCGUGCGUACGGGCUACGACAUGUGUACGCCCGCAACAGACAUAGGCGAGGAGAAGUUCGUGGUGCGAUUCAAGACCGCCGCCACCGCUAAGGCAGGCAGCACAUCCGCGACCGCAUCAGCAACUAACAACACUAAUCCGGCUCUGUCAAUUCUCCUCGGUGGCAAAGCGCCCCUCUUCGGCAACAACGCCUCCUCCACCACCAAACCCUUCUCCGGCCUCUUCAUCUUCACGUUUGACGACAAAGGCCGCAUCGCAAGCCACACAAUCGAGCAUGCGGACGAGGACAAUGGGUACGAUCGGACGAGCAAGGUCGUGACGCUGACGGACUGGCUGCUGGGCAAAGCGAAGGGCAAGCGGUCCGAGGAAGGGGAUUUGCUGCCUGGGUUGGGCGUGGCAAUGGCGCGUCAGCGGAGACCCGAAACUUUGUUGGCGCAGAUUAUGAGAUUAGCUAGAGAGGAGAGGAGGAGUCACUGA